CUUACCCAAAUCUACAAAGCUUCCGCAUUAAGCGCAUAAAAUAUCCAUUGUACCUUUUUCAGCGAAACUAAACGAUCGAGCGAGAGUUUGGCGGUGCUGGUCAGUUGCAAAGUUCACUCGCUACUGCUCACUCGGGCCGGAUUUGAUCACAGCCAUCGUUCUGAGCCGGCAGUGUUGCGCCAGUCUUAGCGCCUCUCGUUUGCGGAUACAUAUCUGUACCGGUAUAUACCGUCCUAUACUCAACCAUGGCCCAGUCCUGGAGGAGACUUAUCUUCACAAUCUUCCUGAUGAACCUGCUGACCCGCAGCCUCGUCCUGGCCGAGAUCAGCCAGAGGAGUUUCGCCGAGGAAGACGACGAGGCGGUGCUGGUGCGCAAGACCCGCCAGUCCAACAGCGCCGGAUAUAACUCCUUCGUCAACAUCGCCGACCUCUUCCUCUCGGCGCUUAACGUCAUACCCACCACCAACACAGCCGUUACGAAUGCCAGUACCCUGACCAUUUCUACGUCCUUCUGGACAACCUUCUUCUACAUCCUUCAGUAUCUGACGUUCUUCGUGUGGUUCGUGAUGGUGCUGUUCUUCUACGUGGGCGGCGUCAUCAUCCUCUUCCUCUUCGCCAUCGUCUCGCCAGCCAGCACCGACUACCUCUCCAACGGCUUCUUCAACGGCGCCCUCUUCCGCUCCUUCGAAGACGAGAACAUGCCGCUCUUCGAUAAGGUCACCAGCGUCGGCUACGGCUUCCUCGACCGCACCAGCGAGCUGUACAAACUGGCCACGUCGCCGCAGUGCAGCCGGUACGCCAUGUGCCACCUCUCCUCCACGCUCGGUGACCAGGAAGCCAAUGGAUUCAUCUUCAAGGAUCUCCUCAGGUCACUAUCAUCGGCCAUGGACAACAAGAUGUCCGGAUUCGACGGCAUGAGUCGCAGCGUCAACGUUGGCUUGCUGACCGGCGACUGCGAGGAACCAAUGAUGAGCUGCCCGGAACUGGCGCCGUACUUCAAGAAGGUGGCCGAGACGUGGUCCAACUACCUAUAAAGCAGCGCGCUGCCACCGCGACGCCCAAGAUGAAGACAGAAAACGCGAAAAGAGAAAAGAGUCAACCUAUUUGUCACUGUCAACCAGCCAGCGAGUGCGGCGCGCACGCGUCAAUCAGCGCCAGUUUCCGGUUACCAUUUCCGCUAAGCUAAUUAUUGUUGUCUGUGUCGGCCGCAUCUGCCUUCAUUGGCAGGGGCGGCCCCCUUAACUGUAUCCUCGUACGUGACUGAGCCGGCUUCAGUGUUGAAUGUUCUAGAUGAUGAUCUUCCUCCCAGUUAAUUAGCUGUUUGUUAUGAAUUAGUUUACUUGGUUUACUUGUCGCCUGCGCGUGUGUUGUCUUGUAGCGGUGUGUGGCUGCUGGUUCGGCUGCCGCUGCUCUGUAUCUGUAUAGUACGUCAUGAUACCCUGUUGUUUCG